GUGUGCAGGCCGCCGCCGCUCGCGGGCUGCGUGUCUGCCUCCGCCGACCAGCUUCCGCCAUGGACCUGUUCGGGGACCUGCCGGAGCCCGAGCGCUCUCCGGCUGCCGGGAAAGAAGCUCAGAAAGGAUCUCUGCUCUUUGACGACCUCCCUCCGGCCAGCAGUACUGACUCAGAUGUUUUAGGUGUUGGACUGUCUUUAAGUUUUGAAUCCAUGGCAUCAGGACCAGGCGGACCUUUGCUUUUUGAUGACCUCCCACCAGCCAGCAGUGGCGAGUCAGGUUCUCUUGACACCUCCAUAUCCCAGAUGGUAAAGAAUGAAGGGAAAGGAGCAAAGAGAAAACCCUCUGAAGAAGAGGAGAAUGGCAGUGAAGAGCUUGUGGAAAAGAAAGUUUGUAAAGCCUCUUCAGUGAUUUUUGGUUUGAAAGGCUACGUGGCUGAGCGAAAGGGCGAGCGGGAGGAGAUGCAGGAUGCCCAUGUCAUCCUGAAUGACAUCACGGAGGAGUGUAGGCCCCUGUCAUCCCUCAUUACCCGGGUUUCAUAUUUUGCCGUUUUUGAUGGACAUGGAGGAAUUCGAGCCUCAAAAUUUGCUGCGCAGAAUUUACAUCAGAACUUAAUCAGGAAAUUUCCUAAAGGAGAUGUAAUCAGUGUGGAGAAAACUGUGAAGAGAUGCCUUUUGGACACUUUUAAGCAUACUGAUGAAGAGUUUCUUAAACAAGCUUCCAGCCAGAAACCUGCCUGGAAAGAUGGGUCCACUGCCACGUGUGUUCUGGCUGUAGACAACACUCUUUAUAUUGCCAACCUCGGAGAUAGUCGGGCAAUCCUGUGUCGUUAUAAUGAGGAGAGUCAAAAACAUGCAGCCUUAAGCCUCAGCAAGGAGCAUAACCCAACACAGUAUGAAGAACGAAUGAGAAUACAGAAGGCUGGAGGAAACGUCAGGGACGGGCGUGUCUUAGGUGUGCUGGAGGUGUCCCGAUCCAUUGGGGAUGGGCAGUACAAGCGCUGCGGGGUCACUUCUGUGCCAGACAUCAGACGUUGCCAGCUGACCCCCAAUGACAGGUUCAUUUUGCUGGCCUGCGACGGCCUCUUCAAGGUCUUUACCCCAGAAGAAGCUGUGAACUUCAUCUUGUCCUGCCUCGAGGAUGAGAAGAUCCAGAGCCGGGAAGGGAAGCCCGCUGUGGAUACACGCUACGAAGCAGCCUGCAAUAGGCUGGCCAACAAGGCAGUGCAGCGGGGUUCGGCGGAUAACGUCACGGUGAUGUUGGUGCGGAUAGGGCACUAAGGGCGCGGCGUGCCACUGGCUUCAAAGAUACAGAACACCGUUCACGGAGAUGGUGAAGAGCUCACUGCUGUUCUGCAGACCUAUGACAGCCUCCAGGGAGCUGUGGCCAAAGCAGAAAGAGGAUCAGCCAGAGCCUCCACCUCAGACCCCGCCAAUGUCACUCACUGACACAAGACCCAGCUAAGUGCCAGGGGACAGCUAUCUCGGAUCUGGUGGAGGCAACAUCUGAACUGGGCUCCCAAAAGGAGGCCAGUUUCCACAGGACCAGCUGUGCUGCAGGUGCCUGGCCGAAGCUAGAGGCAGCUCUGAGGAACCCCCCUGCACUGGCUACUGCAGCUUAGGUGGGAGGGGCACUGCGCCAGAAAGCCCGGCAGGCCAUUGUGGAGGGCUUUCAAAACCAGAAUCAGAAGGUUUGAACUUCACUUAUUCCUGUCUUCAGCAGCUAUUGCCAGCAUCUGCCUGGGUCUGGGUCUGUUUGGGGGGGGGGGGGG